GAACGAUAGUCACAAUAGCAUCGCUUUUGAGAAGUUAGAAAUUGAAACGAAAAUGCGAACUGAACUUAAAUUUAUUCUCGCCCUUGCUGUCCUAGUCGGUUGUGCUAAUUGUGUUGAGGAUUUUCCUGCUACAAUCGAAAGAUGUAAAUAUGAUGAUGAAGAGUGUAACGUGAAAGCAUGGAAUAAAUGGAAUAAAGUUGCCUAUACAAGUGGUGUUCCAGAAUUGGACAUUCCCCUUUCAGACAAGCAUUACGUCGAUAAACAAGUAAUUACCGUCGGCUCAGAUUUAGUUACACUGAAAAUUACAUUCAGUAACUUAACUGUAUACGGUAUGGCUCAAUCGACAAUCACGGGAGUUAAAGGAUUUAAAAAAAAUCCGAGAGAAAUGGAAAGCUUUCAAGUUAGUGGUUUCUCUCCGUCUUUGAAUCUUUUUGGAAAAUAUGAUGGUACUGGCAAGUUUUUGUUGCUGCAAGUUGGUGGCUCGGGAAAUGGAGAAAUAGGUUUUUAUAACUCAACCUACUUUGUUACGGUAUAUACGAAAGUUGAAACAAGGGAUGGAGAAGACUAUCUCGUGCCGGAUAAAGUAGUGACUGAAUUUGAAAGUGAAAAAUACAAAUUCGUAUUCGACAACAUUUUAAACAACAAAGAAAUAACCGACAGCAUAAAUAAGGUGGUAAAUCAAAAUGACAAACUGUUUGCCGAAGAAGCAAAGGGACCAGCAGCCAGAGCAUUUUCGAAGGUCGUAAAACGACUUUUCACGCCAAUAUUCGGGAAAUAUCCUUAUCGCACCUUUUUCCUAGAUUGAUACUUGAAAUUAUUUCAGACAAUUCAUUAUAGUAUUGC